UAAGUGGUAAGCUAGCAUGAAGUGUAUGAAACAGAACACCUUUGUUGUAACUGUUGUUAUGUUCAGUGUUCUCAAGACUAAGUUUAUUCUCAACAGAUGAAACAACGGUUGGAUUUUCAACAGAAUUAAUCAUUUUUAUUGCGUUGUGUUGCGCCAUUGGAUUUUUACUGCUUGUUGUCAUAGCUACAGUGGUGUUCUUUAUAAGAAGGCAACAUAAUGUUAAUACGAGGAAUGAGCAACACUGCAAUUGUGAUAAAUCUUAUAAAAAUGACGUUGUAUACGAAUGCAUUGAGGACCUUGUCACUGAUCAUAGCAUUGAUAAAACUAAGCUUUGGGAAACAUGUGAAGAGUUAAGUUCAAAUUCAAACGCUGGGUACAUUCUACAGUAUGGAGAAAUGAUGAAAAAAAUAGAUUUUUCGGAAAAAGUUGAUUCAGAUGAAAUGUUAAAAAUACCAAUUCAACCAAUCAGUGGGGAGUAUGUGAAUGAAGGAAAUCCUCAGGUUUUUAUCGCUGGACAAGUGAAAUGUUUUGUAAAAUUCUGGGAGAUGAUUAUGACGCAACAAUGCAGGGUUAUUGUGGGGUUUCCAGAAACAAGAACUCAAUUUUAUCCAAAAGUGAAAAGAAGUAAAACUUACGGCAAUGUAAAAGUUUCAACAUUGGAGAAAAGGCAUUUCGAUUAUUUUAGCAUUAUUAUACUGGAGGCUUUGAGCCAAACAAACGAAUAUGAAAGCAUAUCUCGGAAAAUAUUUUUGUUUGAGUUCAAAAAUUGGGCUGAUUAUGAUGUCAUAAGCACAAGUUCUAGAUUUGUUUGGUUUGUAAACAAAGUGACCGAAAACACGAUAAAAAUAUCCGAUGGCUCGAGUGUUAUUGUUUAUGGAAGUGAUGAAGCGUCCUCAUUGUUUGUGGCAUAUCAGCAGCUUGCUCUUCAUCUAAAAUACAAAAACAAAAUCAACAUUUAUCAACUAGUUGUUCAAUUAAGGACACUGAAUGCAAGAUUCUUUUCAACAAUGGAAACUUACAUUUUGCUUCAUCAGUUGUUGUUGGAAAUCCAAAUCCUUGGAAACACUGAUCUAACAUUGUCUGAAGCUCGGGAAAAAAUGACAAAGUCACAAUUCUGGUUUCAGACAGAAUUUGAUUUCCUUGAAAAAACAGUGAAGUAUGGCAAUAAUGCAUCAGUGGUCCUACCUGGUGAUUUUGAAACAGAAAUGGUGUGCGUUACCUACACAGGGGAUCUUCAAAAAGUUUGGAUGAAAAUUUUCGCACAAAAUCCAGAUCUGAUUGUCUGCUGUGAUAAAACAAAGAGUUUAAUGGAUCUGGGAUUCUCUGCAAAACUUCAUCAGAAUUUUGACCUAGUUUCAUUGACUUUAAAAAACAAUUUCAGGCUGUUGGAUAUAAAGAAUAGAAUAAACAAUUCCAAGGUUCGUUUUAUAAUAAGUUGUGCUUCUUUUGACCUAAAGUAUUUUCAGCGCACAGUUAUGAUGGAGUAUUUGGAAAGUACAAAAACUUUUGAAGAUUUAAUUUUAGCAUCCAAUAUUUUGUGCGGUUUGUGCAGAGAAGUUACCAAAGUUGUUGUCAUAAUCAGUUGUGAAAGUUUGACAGUUUUAUUAUUAUGUCUACUCACUGAAAGAAUCAAAUCUCAAUCCAAAUUUGAUGUUUUUCGUGCUGUCCGUGAUCUUGGAUUGUUUGUCACAAAGGAACAAUAUGAACUCCUGUACAAAUGCUUGUUGCAUCAUAAACAAGAAAUUGACAUAUAUGCUAACACUACCUGCUAAGAAAUGUCUGCAAAAAUUAAUUAAUUGUUAUUUAAGUUGGUAGAAACUCGCAAUAAUAUGGAUUUUACUUGAUUUUAAAAUAUAAUUUCUGUUUUUCAAUGAAAAAUCUGUAUUAGCUAUUAAUUCUUUUCGUGCAAUAAUAAAAUUAUUACUUGUAUAUAUAUACAGUUUUAUAACUCUAGGAAUGUUUUUUGUUUACUACCAAAUGGGACGAGAAAAUAGAAUGAAAAGGUGUCCCAUCUCCCCCACCCUACUAUUCUUUAAGCAGUUAAUUUGUCCAAUGAAAAACUUAACAUAUAAAGACAAGGAGAGUUUUUAUUCAUUUCUUAUAAACUUUCGAAAUCAAGUUCUUGAAAGUGUCUUGGGAAAUUUUCGAAAUCAAGGCAGUGGGUGU